UAAACUUGCUGCAAAACUACUUCCAGCGUCUAUUCAACCAUCUGCACUUGUCCCAUCCACAAGCAACAACAUCCAUCCUAGCCACACCACCAAGCACAGAUUCUGCGAUAGCCAAAAGCAAACAUGCCUGAAUCAAGAAUCAUUUCCACCGCAAACAAAAAGCCCACUCAGACCACAGCAACCUUCACCGGCCACGUCCUCUCCAACAUCAUGCACCUCGACGACAAGGCCGUGAUCGCCAGUGUGACAUUCUCCGCAUGCGCGCGGACACACUGGCACACGUACGUGGAAGGGCAAAUGAUCCACGUUCUCUCGGGAAGUGGAUUGAUCUGUGAUAAGGGAGGGAAGGCGAGGAGGAUUCGGGCGGGCGAUACCAUCUGGGCAUCUCCUGGGACGACGCACUGGCAUGGGGCUGAUAGUGAGGAUGGAAUGACGCAUCUGGUUAUGGUGACUGGGGAGAUGAAUUGGCACGAGCCUGUUACUGAGGAGGAGUAUGAAAACCGGGAACAAUAGCAUAACCUAGGUUCUGAUAACCUAGGUCCUGCUGACAGGCUGUACGGGCCCUGGAUACAUUACUAGCAGCAACAGAGUGCCAG